GCUUGUGGAAGUCGUGCAUCCUUGGGUGGGAGUAAAAUCAUUCUUGAAAGGAACAUCUCUGUCCGAAGAGAAAAUGAGUUUAGCUCUGAGAAGCGAGCUUGUAGUAGACAAAACAAAGAGGAAAAAAAGAAGAGAACUCUCCGAGGAACAGAAACAGGAAAUUAAAGAUGCUUUUGAACUGUUUGAUACAGACAAAGAUGAAGCAAUAGACUAUCACGAAUUAAAGGUGGCAAUGAGAGCCUUGGGAUUUGAUGUAAAAAAAGCUGAUGUACUGAAGAUUCUUAAAGAUUAUGACAGAGAAGCCACAGGGAAAAUCACCUUUGAAGAUUUUAAUGAAGUUGUGACAGACUGGAUAUUGGAAAGAGAUCCACAUGAAGAGAUACUGAAAGCAUUUAAACUAUUUGAUGAUGAUGAUUCAGGUAAAAUAAGCUUGAGGAAUUUACGACGUGUUGCCAGAGAAUUGGGUGAAAAUAUGAGUGAUGAAGAACUUCGGGCUAUGAUAGAAGAAUUUGAUAAAGAUGGUGAUGGAGAGAUAAAUCAAGAGGAGUUCAUUGCUAUUAUGACUGGUGACAUUUAAAGAAUUACAAGGAUAAACACUAAGAAUGUUGCAGUUACCAUCCAUCUUAUAUUCUAUUUUUGUGCCUGGAGCCAUGUUAAAAAAGAAACCAACUUAGUUCUUCUUUCCAAAAGGACCAAAAAUA